AUGCCGAGCAGGGCACCGGCCCAUCAUCGUCAUGCUACUCCGAAGCCCACCAUGGCAGAGCGGCCGCAUGCGCAUAAGGAGGCGCCCCCACAUGUGAUACCUAUGACCAAUGUUAUUCCAGGGGACAGUCCCUUCGUCACAUGGGACCAAUUGCAGUCCUCCAUGAGUGUAAUAAGAACUGUUAUAGGCGGGACAGGGGAGUCGGGAGCAACGUUUCCCACACUACCAGAAGACGGCAGCAUUAUGCUGACCUUUCUGCUGCGCAUCGAGCGCCGGUACACCCAGAUGGGAUUGCAGCCGCGCAAGUGGGGAAGUGCACUUAUACUGGACCUUGUGGGCCUGGCUCUAACGUAUUGGAUGUAUCUACGGCGAACUAUCGACUCAAGCGACUGGGCGACGGUAUAG